CAAGUGCCCUGCGGCUCACAGGGUAGCCCGUCGGCCCAGUUCCUGAGCGUUGUGACCAUGCGAUCAGCUCUCCGAAGAUGUUCAGCUCUGCUCCUGGCCGCGAUGACAGGCGUCCACGCAGAGAGCUUGGCUCAGACGCUGGACAUGUACCGUGCCAUGACCAAGCCAGAUAAGGGCAAGGAGUCAUUCCCAGUAUCCAACAACAAUCUGGCGGAUGUGAUGGGCGUGCUGCGCUACGUGCACCAGGAAGUCAUCGUGGAGCACGUAGCGGGUGAUCCAGGCCGACCAUCCAGGAAGUACAACAUCAAUGCCUUUGGCAAGUAUCGCAUGAAAGUGCGGAAUCCGGAUUCCAUCCUGAAGGACCCUAGCAAGUUGGCAAUGCCAGGCUUCGGACGCUAUGGAGCCUUCGACUAUGGCGUUGGAACCUCUCUGGACAUGCUCCAAGGCGUCGUGGCAAACGGCGACUAUGUGGGGGUGAGCAAGGAGGACUCGCCGCAGAUCAACUUCACCCACCCGUGGUACUGGUUCUCUGUAGAUGGGGACUGCCCCAACUUGCCGUGGCAGUGCGUGAAGCCUUUCCCGGGCUGCGAGGCCGAGGCACCGCCAACCAAGCCCCAGCCCUGUGACCCGGACGGCUGCGCCGGGAAGCAGGAUAAGGACGCCCGCAACUGUUCUGCCAGCCCACACUUCAUCGAUCCAUCUGACACUGAGACGGCGCGGAAAUGCUGCCUGCACUACAGCUCUCAUCCUGACCAGGUCAUCAUGGGUGGCCUUUGCAACUCCUCCGUCAAGGAGCCAACUGGUGAGAUCGGCUGCGUGUACACCUACGAGGAAUUAGGUGACAAAGACUUCCUCAACAUCGAUGAGCUCAACGGUAUUACAUCUAUGCCGUGCGGUGCCAAAGGCAACAGGAAGUGUACAGACUGGAAAGACUGGCGCCUCAACUGCUACGAUCCAAAGAAGCAGUUCAAAAAGCGCUACCACUGCGAAGACUGUCAUUCUGCAGGGCAAUGGAGUGUCUCGGUGCAGGAUACAUCCUUCUGCGUGGAGUACGACCUGCACCCGUACUGCCAAGAGACGCAAGACCUUUGCAAGGACCCGCGCUGCAUGGCCCUGAAGCCCGAGGACAAGGAGCUUGGGCUGCCGUUCUGGAAGGGGAAGUGCGAGGUGCGCGACAACCAGCGCCGGGCAGAGGCGGUCGCGGGGUACUUCCUGAAGGAUGCGGUGAAAGACUCGCACUGGUUGGUUGACAAGGCAACUAUGGAUGCAAGCCCUGCAUGCUCUUCGAAAGACUCGUCCGUGCCGAACCAGUGCACUCCCAACCCUGAUGGUGGCCCUUAUUGCACCCGUCUCUUCGGUGGCGUGUGCUCGACUUGCUACAUCCCCGGCACCGACCCGCCCUAUCCCGACCCAAAGUCUCAGCCGAUGUGCCCCUUCACCGUCCUCAAGGAGAAGGGCAACACUCCCCCAACCGAGACUAAAUGCGCGGACGACGAUCCCUUGAAGCUUUGCUGCCUCUACGGCAUUGGCAGCUGCAAUGUCACGGGCAGCGACGGCUCCGAUUCAGAGUUGACUGCAGCUGGCUUUCUGAACGUAGCGAGGAUGAUGGACAACAAGGAGAUGGUGAAGUUUGCUGGGCGGAUUGUCUCGGGAAGGGGCGGAGCCAUCAAGAACCAGGGUGGCUUUGAUUCCGCCGUGUACUCCACCUGGCACUACCAGCCACCCACCAAUCCCCAGGAGGCAUGGACGAACUUUGAGACUCUCAUCAAUCAGUCCUCCGAUGUGGACUGGCAUCCAAGCCCAGACGGUCCGAGUGGCAAGCCAGGCUCGAAUGCCUGGAUCUGGAUCUUGCUCGCCCUGGUGGUGCUGGCAGGGCUUGGCUUCGCAGCCUACAAGUAUCGCGCGAACUCGCAGCAGCAGGCCCGGCAGCAGCUGUUGCCGAGCGACAGCUCGCAAGUGCAGAUGAGGAAUUGAGCACCUCGAAGUCCGCAACGUUCCAGUUUCUACAGUGUCACGGUGCUGCAGCCAGUGAGCUGUGGCCAGGUUGCAAGCACCUUUCGAAGCCCGGACAGUUUAAUUGUCCCGUUAGUGUCAAGGCCACUGGCCGCCAAGCUUUGCUCUGGAUUGUUCAAUCUUGUGACGGUUGUGUUUUGCGAAGUUUUUGAAACUUUGAGCAGGGCUGGCCCUUUCAACAGCAUGUUGGUGCUGCGAUUGGUUUUGCUGAGGCUUACUCAGUGUGGGC